AUGCGCCGUGAAAGUCUUCACGAUGUUGCUGCCCAACCCGGAGUCAUGGAGAAAUCACGAAACUCCAUGACAAAGGAAGAUGGCGUUGAUCUCCAUGCUUCACGAAGCAUGGAUGAGACACAAGCUAUCGAACUUCAAGAGGGAAAACACGGACAGUUCCACCGAUCCUUUACACCUCGCCAAGUCCAUAUCAUCGCUCUAGGCUCCAACAUCGGCUCAGGUGUCUUCAUCGCCACUGGCAAAGCUCUAGCUACUGGUGGUCCAGGAAAUAUGGUGAUCGCCUAUUUCAUGUCAUUGUCCGAGAUGACGAUUGCUUUCCCUGUCUCUGGCAAUUAUAUCGAUUAUGCGGAUCGCUGGGUUGACCCUGCAUUGGCUUUCGGUGCUGGUUUUGCUGAAUGGCUUGGCUGGACGGCAAUUGUCUCUGCAGAGACAGGUUUCUUUCAUAUUCUGGUCGGGUAUUGGUCAAAUGGAUCAUUCCCUCUGGCCGCAUCACUCAGUAUCUUCAUGUUCGCCUGCCUUGUUAUCUUCCUCCUCCCGAAUACCGUCUUCGCCUGGUUCGAAUACGUAACAUCUCUUAUUAAGAUCUUUCUCUUCUUGAUUAUCAUUACUUUAUCUUUGGCCUUGGUCCUCGGAGCCGGCCCGAAUGGCUAUGUUCAUCAUGGCGAGACAUGGACUGAACUGCCGGCGUUCCUAAAUGGCUUCUCAGGAUUUGCAAACUGCGCUCUUCUUGCUACCUGGGCCGUCGGUGACCAGGUCUUCAUUGGCAUCAUGGGCGGCGAAGCAGAGAGCCCACGCUUCUCUCUCGCACAUGCAACCAAGCUUGUGCCCUUCCGAGUCAACUUCAUCUACAUGCUCAGCGUCGUCUUCAUCACUAUCCUCGUUCCCUCCAACGACGAGCGACUCCUCGGUGGAGGCGGUGUUGCCGCAUCGCCUUUUGUCGUCGCCGUCCAAGACUCAGGCAUUCCCGCUAUCGCUUCCAUUCUUAACGCUGGAAUGAUCUGCGGUGUCCUCGCUAUCGCUGCCGAAUCAGUGUAUCUCUCUUCAAGAAUAUUGAGAACCAUGUCUCAUCAAGGCCUCAUCUCGACACGGCUCGCCAAGGUCGAUGACAAGGGACGACCCAGACUUGCUCUGAUCAUUACUUCCGUGGUUGCUGUUGUCCUUGGAUAUAUCCAGCUGUCUGCUGGCGGCUUGACUGUCUUAAACUGGUUGAUUUCCAUUACAAGCGCUUCCUUCUUCAGCAACUGGAUCAUCAUCUCUUUUACCAACUACCGAUUCCAUGCUGCCCUCAAAGCCCAGAACGACCAGCUCUUUUCUGAAACCUAUGCUUGGAGGUCAAAUGCUUGGCCUCUAGCACCGACCUGGUUGAUGUUGAUCUCCAUUAUGCUGCUUAUCUGCUGUAUCUACUCUGGCGUAGACCCUGUCGGCGAUGCCGGAUUUACUGCCGAAAACUUCUUCCAGUACAUGAUUGGAGUCGUAGUCAUCUUCAGCUUCACUUUGGGAUACAAGGUCAUCUUCCGAACCCCCUGGAGGAAUGCAGCAACUGCCGACUGUCUCACUGGCCGACGACACUUGAGUGUUGAGGAAAUCAAGCAACUUGAUGAGUACUAUGCUCAGCCCAAGUGGAGACGCUUCCUUACAUAUGUACAACUGUGGUAA